UUUUUUUUAAUUAUCGAAGCGCGACAUUUUUCAGGUGUUUGAAUUCCACCCACCGUCCUCCGCCGGCCAUCUCUGCGAGCUAGGGUUCCGGUCAAGAGACCGAGCGCACUUGCCAGUUGUAAUGGUGGAGGUAUGGUGGACACUGCUCGGUGCAGCCGUUCCCGUUUUCGCUGCUGGUCAAGCUCUGAGAAUCAAGGCGAGACAUGCUGAGGAGCAACGGAUCAAAAGUGCUCGGGGAAGGGAGAAGAGCGCAGACGACAUCUUUGUCUGUGAGAGGGUUUGCACGUCGAAGAGGAUGCUGAAGAAAGUGGGGGGCUUCUCCAAGGAUCCAAUCCCAGACACAUGUGUCACGGUCUGUGGAGUUUCUGAGCUUGAUGCUUGCGCGGAUGCCUGUGCUCGGACUGUGUGCGUUAACCAACACCAGGUACCCAAUUGGAACGACGUUUGCCUUCGUAGAUGUCAGAGUGAAUGCCUCAAGUUAUCUGCUUCUCACUCUUCAUGACAUAUAUACAUGUUCUUGUUGUAUCUCCUUUAUCAGUUUGUGAGCAAUGUUGCACAAAAUGGUUGUUUUUGGAAACUUUGGAGUUAUGAUAUGUUGCUCAUUUGCACCA